UUUACAGAAGACAAAACAGCCAUACUUGUUGGCCGCUGUGCAAAGAAGUGAUGACAUCGAGAGGACAGGUCACAAGCCUGAGUUUAUUGUCAUUACACUUACAUUGGUACUGGGUUUUAUCCACUCAGUAUGAUCUUCUGACCCCACAAUUUUACAACCUUCCACUCUCUGUGCUUCAUAGCACCUCUCCACUUCUAAGUUAAUCAUUUCUCUGCCAUUAUCUGCCAAGAGUUCUUAUCUCUUUUGCUGUCACUUUAUAACAGAGUCCUCUUAUCAACCUGUACAGAGUCAUGUGACCAUGCCGAACCUAUCACAAGUUUCAAUUCUUCUGAUUAGAGAAUAUCAUGAAAUGGGAUACAUGGUUGAGGGCAGGCCACUAAUGUUGGAAAAAGUACAGAGUCCAUUGAAAGACAUACCUGCUACUUUCUGAAUUCUUGGAUUUUUGUUGUUGUUGUUCAUCUUGCUGACUUUCACUGAAGGUUAUUGUAGCCUGGGUCUCAAGGCCAGAAAAGUUUACAAGCCACACCUUUUGCCAAACUCAAUGCUGUACACCCUAUACUCAAGGACAUUGUAUAUUUAUACCUAAUAAUGUCUUCUAGUUCUGACACUGGCAACAUACAGGAAUCUAUAAAACAUGGACUUACACCAGUUGGUGCCGCUCUCCCGGACGGACACGGAGCCCCCAUCCCGGCCCGCAGCCGCCUUGUCAUGCUGCCCAAAGUGGAGACGGAAGCCCUGGGACUCGCCCGAGCGAAUGGGGAGCAGGGGCAGAUGCCGGAAAACAUGCAAGUGUCUCAGUUUAAAAUGGUGAAUUACUCUUACGAUGAAGACCUGGAAGAACUGUGUCCAGUUUGUGGAGAUAAAGUGUCUGGUUACCAUUAUGGACUUCUCACCUGUGAAAGCUGCAAGGGAUUCUUUAAACGAACGGUCCAGAAUAACAAAAGGUACACGUGUAUAGAAAAUCAGAACUGUCAGAUUGACAAAACACAGAGAAAGCGUUGCCCUUACUGUCGAUUUCAAAAAUGUCUAAGUGUUGGAAUGAAGUUAGAAGCUGUGAGAGCUGACCGAAUGCGUGGGGGUCGAAACAAAUUUGGACCAAUGUACAAGAGAGACAGGGCACUGAAGCAGCAGAAGAAAGCUCUUAUCCGAGCAAAUGGACUUAAACUGGAAGCCAUGACUCAAGUGAUCCAAGCAAUGCCCACUGACCUGACAAUAUCCUCUGCAAUCCAGAAUAUCCACUCUGCUUCCAAAGGCCUACCUCUGAACCACACUGCCUUGCCUCCUACAGACUAUGACAGAAGUCCCUUUGUAACCUCUCCAAUUAGCAUGACAAUGCCGCCUCAUGGCAGCCUACAAGGUUACCAAACCUAUGGCCACUUUCCAAGCCGUGCUAUCAAGUCUGAGUACCCUGACCCUUACACUAGCUCUCCAGAGUCAAUAAUGGGCUACUCAUACAUGGAUAGUUAUCAGACAAGCUCACCAGCAAGUAUUCCACAUCUGAUAUUGGAACUCUUGAAGUGCGAGCCAGAUGAGCCACAAGUCCAGGCUAAGAUCAUGGCAUAUUUGCAGCAGGAGCAAGCUAACAGAAGCAAACAUGAAAAGCUCAACACAUUUGGGCUUAUGUGUAAAAUGGCUGACCAAACCCUCUUCUCCAUUGUUGAGUGGGCAAGGAGUAGCAUCUUUUUUAGAGAACUUAAGGUUGAUGACCAAAUGAAGCUGCUUCAGAAUUGCUGGAGUGAACUCUUAAUUCUAGAUCACAUUUACCGGCAAGUGGUACAUGGGAAAGAAGGCUCUAUCCUUCUGGUUACUGGGCAACAAAUGGAUUAUUCAGUAAUAGCAUCUCAAGCAGGAGCCACUCUCAACAACCUUAUGAGCCACGCACAGGAGCUAGUAGCAAAGCUUCGUUCCCUGCAGUUUGAUCUACGAGAGUUUGUGUGUCUCAAAUUCUUGGUGCUCUUUAGUUUAGAUGUCAAAAACCUUGAGAACUUCCAGCUUGUGGAAGGUGUUCAGGAACAAAUUAAUGCUGCUCUGCUGGACUAUACAAUGUGCAACUAUCCACAACAGACAGACAAAUUUGGGCAACUUCUCCUGCGACUACCAGAAAUCCGGGCCAUCAGUAUGCAGGCCGAAGAAUACCUCUACUACAAACACCUGAAUGGGGAUGUGCCAUGUAAUAACCUUCUCAUUGAAAUGCUGCAUGCAAAGAGAGCAUAAAUUAUGCCCAUUAGAGCUUCUGCUUUCAAGAAAAAAAAAUUCUGAACUGCUCCAAGCAACGCUAAUUAAAAACUUGGUUUUAAGACUGCAAAAUGGUAUAAUAAUCAAAUACUUAAUAGUAAAUAAGUGAUGUAUCAGGGUAUUUGUAUUGCAAACUGUGAAUCAAAUGCUACACAUCCCCAAAGGAAUCUGUAUAGGACUCUGUACUGGAAUGAAACAAGCUUAUAAGUGGAUCUAUCACCAAUGUCAACAUGAAAAAAAACGGAACAGUUCUUGUAUACUUAACUUUUCUGAUCGCCACUAUGAAGAAAUUUAGGAACAAACUGAUCUGUGUUAUUAAGCUAAUAUAGUGGAGAAAUUGAGUGCACUAAAAUCCUUCAUUGUACAGCAGGACUUCUAAAACAACUCUAAAGGAUGCAAAACUGCACCAACAACAACUUCUAUCAUCCUUCCAAGGACCGAACACUUACUUUGCCUGUGAUAAAUGUUGUGGCACCUAUUCAAUCUGUAAUAAAGGUCUGGAGUAGCCACGUACUAUAUAGUAGCUCCACCAAAUCAUAAAAGCCUGGCUUUGAAUGUCUGUGUCUCAGGCCUGCAAAUAGAUAACAUGAAGAGUCUGUUAAUAAGUUAGCUUGACAUUCUUAAUAUGUUCUGAAGUUUGUUUUUUGUGUGUUCAUGUAAUUAAAUCAGGCAGUAUCCCUCUUCUACUAAUAUUCCAUGGGAUGGCUAUAAAACAUCACAAAUCAUUUCUCCAAGGCAAGUUUGCUAAUUCAACCAUGUUUCAAUUACAGUAUAAAAAAUGUGGCUCUGGCAUUGUCUAAGAUUUUCAUGCCAAAUAAGCUUGCUGAAGUUUUUCAGUCUGUUAGCCUUCUGUUUAAAGUUAGUUUCUUUUAAAAAUAAAUAAAAUCUUCUCAGAUUUCAAAUGGUAACAUUGCUAAAUAAUGCAAGUCAACAUCUAAAGUGCAUUUAGCUAUGCAAAAAAAACCACAACAAUCAAAAUGUAUGAGCUGAUCAAGUCAAACUGCUUGCUAAGAAGUGAUCUUUAAAAUUAUCAAGAAAAGACAAAAGUAAGUUUUAAACACACAAUUUAAAUUUAAAAAAAAGUUAGGUAAUUAAAAUAUUCUACAUGGGUAAAGAAGAGUGAUACUGCCAUGUCUAUGUAGACCAAAGUCUGCUGCAGAACAAAUAUUGGAGAAGGACAAAUAAUUACAUCUCUAUCCAAAUGAAGAUAUCAGUAUUAUAACAUGUAGUGCCACAGUUAUGAAAAUCUUGCCUUAUUUCAUUAUCCUAAAAGGUAACUGGGCAAAUGUGGAUCAACAUAUGUUUAAAAUAGAGUAUUAAUACUUUACAUUAAAAAGAACCCUAGUGUUUACAUUCUUUAGGUCCUGUGGGAAAAUCUGUGAUAAGAUUGCAAAGAAGUGAUUCCCUUAGUGUUGCUUUCUGAUUGGUAAUUAUUUUACCAGUACUGAAUUACUGUAUGUCGUGAGACACUAAAAUCAAAAAGGGAAUCUCAUUUAAACUUUAAUUUUUUGAGAUUAUCGGCUGCACAAUCACUUGUAGAAACUGUAUAAACUCCUAAUCCCUUAAUUUUGUUUCCAUGAAGAUUGCUGGCUUUUGAAUAGUUUAUUUAUAUUGUAUAUCAUAGUUUCCACUGUAGACAAUUAUGAUGCUAAUUUAUUGGUCCUUGGUUUCAUCUUUAUAUAAGAUAUAGCCAGAAUGAAGAAGCCAAAUAUAUGUGUUUACUGUAGCAUGUCUUCAAGUUAGUGGAACAUAGUUCAGGGACAUACAAGGGUCUUUACAAAUUAAAAUCAUUCACUUGAUUAAAUGUCUGUAAAUCUUCAUAAUCCUAAAUGUAGUUUAUUUAAAUCUAUUGUAAAUUAUGUGACUUGUAGUUUCUUCUGGUUUAUGUGAAUUUAACAAGGUGCAUUCUUAUCUUAAAUUCUUUUCCAAACAUUGUACAUUGUAUACCAAAGACAUCAGUUAUUUCUGCAUUAGUAUAAAACAGAUUAUUUUAAUCAUCUGUAUUAGUCAUCUCUAAUACUCUGUCCAUGUGUAGGGUACAAACCUAGCUAAACCUAGCGUCAGCAGCACCUAGAUGUCGGUCUCACAUCAUAGAAUACCACUCAUGCUUUUUUACAGAUCAAAUGUAAUAUGAAAACAUUUCGCCUGAUUAUCAUGUAUAAUCAAUAGGGAUGGAAGCGUCACUUGAAAAAAAAAGGACUAAAUUUAUAGAAAGUAAGAUGUGAAUGGCAUUUGGGGGUGGUAGUGAAGUUGCUGUGGUCACAUGUACAACAUGGGUAUAAUAUUUCUUUUUUCUUUUUCAAGUGUUCAUAUUCUGUAAAUUCUUGAUUUGUUUUUAUGGAAACACUACAGUGAACCUCACUGAAUAUUAAAGCUUAAAAAAUUAACAAAAAUGUGUUGUUAACUGUAUACACAGCACCAUUAUCUAUAUACAGGACAAGAGUACUAAUAUAAGGAUGUAAAAGACAAGCAACAACUUGCAUACAAUUUAAUAGAAACAGUUUCAGAUAAACUAUAGCAUAUAUUAGCAGUACCUGUAGUUCCAAAAAUCCCUCCAGAUUGCCCAAAGUUUUCAAACAAAAAUCUCCCUAAGUUAAUUGUUAACCACUUUGUAACCAGACAUUUACUUAUGACUGCCUUAUUGAUUGCAGGACAUAUUAGUAAAAGCAGACUGAAAUACAAAGGUUUUGGCUUUUCCUGGUUUAUUAUAGUUCUGUAUUUGUAAGUGGACAAUCUGUAAUGUCUGAAUAUUUGUAUUACAGAUGUUCUGCAGCUGCCUUGGAUUUGAAUCCAUGCAACUUUUAGAAUGUGCAAUUAGUUACUUGUUGAAGUUGAAGUUCUCUUACUGUAUCAGUGAAAUACCUAUUGUCAUGUCAGUUCUUGCCAGGAGUUAUGCAUCACUAAUGGAUUUUUUUCAGUAUUUCAAUAAAUAUUGAUAUGCCCA